AUGAAUGCCCACCCCAAGGAGAUGGUGCCCCUCAUGGGCAGAAGAGCUGCUGUCCCCAGUGGGAACCCUGCCGUCCUGCAGGAGAAGAGGCCAGCAGAGAUCACCCCCACCAAGAAGAGUGCACACUUCUUCCUGGAGAUAGAAGGGUUCGAUCCCAACCCCACUGUCUCCAAGACCUCUCCCCCCGUCUUCUCCAAGCCUAUGGAUUCCAACAUCCGGCAGUGCCUCUCUGGGAACUGUGAUGACAUGGACUCACCACAGUCUCCUCAGGACGAUGUGACAGAGACCCCGUCCAAUCCCAACAGCCCCAGUGCAAACCUGGCCAAGGAAGAGCAGAGGCGGAGGAAGAAGCGGCUGAAGCAGCGCAUCUUUGCAGCCGUGUCAGAGGGCUGCGUGGAGGAGCUGCUGGAGCUGCUGGGGGAGCUGCAGGAACUUUGCAAACGGCGUCGUGGCCUGGACGUGGCUGACUUCCUCAUGCACAAGCUGACAGCCUCUGACACGGGGAAGACCUGCCUGAUGAAGGCCUUGUUAAACAUCAACCCCAACACUAAGGAGAUUGUGCGGAUCCUGCUGGCUUUCGCGGAGGAGAAUGACAUCCUGGACAGGUUCAUCAAUGCUGCAUACACAGAGGAGGCCUACGAAGGGCAGACUGCACUGAACAUCGCCAUCGAGCGGCGGCAGGGAGACAUCACCGCGCUGCUCAUUGCGGCGGGCGCCGACGUCAACGCCCACGCCAGGGGAGUCUUCUUCAACCCCAAGUACCUGCACGAGGGCUUCUACUUUGGCGAGACCCCACUGGCUCUGGCGGCGUGUACCAACCAGCCUGAGAUUGUGCAGCUGCUGAUGGAGAAUGAGCAGACUGACAUAACCUCGCAGGACUCACGGGGAAACAACAUCCUACACGCAUUGGUGACAGUGGCUGAGGACUUCAAGACACAGAACGACUUUGUGAAGCGCAUGUACGACAUGAUCCUGCUAAGGAGCGGGACGUGGGAGCUGGAGACCAUGCACAACAAGGAUGGGCUCACGCCACUGCAGCUGGCUGCCAAGAUGGGCAAGGCUGAGAUCUUGAAGUAUAUCCUCAGUCGUGAGAUCAAGGAAAAGCCACUCCGGAGUCUGUCCAGGAAGUUCACAGACUGGGCAUACGGGCCUGUGUCGUCCUCACUCUACGACCUCACCAACGUGGACACUACGACAGACAACUCGGUGCUGGAAAUCAUCGUCUACAACACCAACCUUGAUAACCGGCAUGAGAUGCUGACCCUGGAGCCCUUGCACACGCUGCUGCAUAUGAAGUGGAAGAAGUUUGCCAAGUACAUGUUCUUCUUGUCAUUCUGCUUUUAUUUCUUCUACAACAUCACUCUGACUCUAGUCUCCUAUUACCGCCCCCGGGAAGAGGAGGCCCUCCCACACCCCUUGGCCCUGACGCACAAGAUGGGGUGGCUGCAGCUGUUAGGAAGGAUGUUCGUGCUCAUCUGGGCCAUGUGCAUUUCUGUGAAAGAGGGCAUCGCGAUCUUCCUGCUGAGACCCUCAGAUCUGCAGUCCAUUCUCUCUGAUGCCUGGUUUCACUUUGUCUUUUUUGUCCAAGCUGUGCUUGUGAUACUGUCUGUCUUCUUGUACUUGUUUGCCUACAAAGAGUACCUCGCCUGCCUCGUGCUGGCCAUGGCCUUGGGCUGGGCAAACAUGCUCUACUACACACGGGGAUUCCAGUCCAUGGGCAUGUACAGCGUCAUGAUCCAGAAGGUCAUUUUGCAUGAUGUUCUGAAGUUCUUGUUUGUAUAUAUCGUGUUCUUACUUGGAUUUGGAGUAGCCCUGGCCUCGCUGAUUGAGAAGUGUCCCAGUGACAAUAAGGACUGCAGCUCCUACGGCAGCUUCAGUGAUGCCGUUCUGGAACUCUUCAAGCUCACCAUUGGUUUGGGUGACCUGAACAUACAGCAGAACUCCAAGUACCCCAUCCUCUUUCUGUUCCUGCUUAUCACUUACGUCAUCCUCACCUUCGUCCUCCUUCUCAACAUGCUCAUCGCCCUGAUGGGAGAAACCGUGGAGAAUGUCUCCAAGGAGAGUGAGCGCAUCUGGCGUCUACAGAGAGCCAGGACAAUUUUGGAGUUUGAGAAGAUGUUACCAGAAUGGCUGAGGAGCAGAUUCCGGAUGGGAGAGCUAUGUAAAGUAGCAGAGGAAGAUUUCCGGCUGUGUUUGCGGAUCAAUGAGGUGAAGUGGACUGAAUGGAAAACACACGUCUCCUUCCUCAACGAAGACCCGGGGCCCGUGAGACGGACAGCAGAUUUCAGCAAAAUCCAAGAUUCUUCCAGAAGCAACAGCAAAACUACCCUCAACGCAUUUGAUGAAAUAGAUGAGUUUCCGGAAACUUCGGUGUAG